GAGACAGGAAUCAUGGGGGUUGUUCGUGGUCUGAUUAUUUGUUUGGUGGCUGUGUGGCUCAGAAAAGGUUCAUGUUUACCAAUUGAUGUGCCAAAUGACAGGGCAGAUCAUGAGGAACAAAAGAUGGAAGAUGAUCUGUCCCCGAAUGAUAUUGCCCUAAAAAAUGUCAUAGCAUUUUUCCAGUCAAAGGAUGCCAGGCUGAAGCAACAUGCUAAAGAAGUGUACCUGGAAACCAAUGAAGUGGAGGUGACUGCAGGCGACGAAGCCCACAACGUGACUGCAGGCGACGAAGCCCACAACGUGACUGCAGGCGACGAAGCCCACAACGUGACUGGUUUUUAAUAAAACUAAACUACUGUGUAAAAUGA